AUGGGUUCGAUCCUGCCGCAGUCGAUGAAAGCGCUUCGAUAUGAUGAGCCGCUGAAGCAUGGGAUCGUGGAUGUUCCGUUGCCUGAGCUUCGCGAUAAUGAUGUCUUGGUUAAAGUCAAGGCGUGCGGUGUCUGCGGGACGGAUUUGCAUAUCCAUGAGGGAGAGUUUAUCGCGAAGUUCCCUUUGGUUCCCGGCCAUGAAACCGUCGGCGUAGUCGCCGCUGUCGGGCCUAAAGUCAAAGGCUUCGAGGUCGGCGAGCGUGUCGUGGCUGAUAACUCCGAGUUGUGCGGAGAGUGCUUCUAUUGCCGUCGCGGGGAGGAGCUGUUCUGUGAGCACUUCGAGGCUCAUGGUGUAACCAUGAACGGCGGGUUUGCCGAGUACUGUGCCUACCCUGCCGGCCGUGUGUUCAAGAUCAAGAAUCUCUCUGAUGUCGACGCUACGCUUCUGGAACCUGCGUCCUGCGCUGCCCAUGGCUUGGAUAAGAUCGCUCCUAAGAUGGGGUCCUCGGUGUUGUUGUUCGGAGCUGGACCGACGGGUCUGAUUCUCGCUCAACUCCUCCGUCUCAACGGCGGCUGCCGCGUCGUCGUGUGUGCUCCCGAAGGCCUGAAACUGGACCUAGCCAAGUCCCUAGACGCUGGCGACGAAUACAUCGCUCUGUCGCGGAAGGACCCAAGCGCGCAGUUCGAGCAACUCAAGAAGGACAACCCGUACGGUUUCGAUAUCGUGGUCGAGGCGACCGGUAGUGUCAAGAUCCUGGAGGACUCGAUCAAUUAUGUCCGUCAGGGUGGAAAGCUCGUUGUGUACGGCGUCUAUUCUAGCAAGGAUCGGGUGUCCUGGCCUCCUAGCAAGAUUUUCGGCGACGAGAUCAACAUCCUGGGUAGCUUCUCUGAGACGUACAAGUUCCCUGCUGCCAUUGACUACCUGGACUCCGGGAAGGUGAAGGUUAAGGGAAUCGUGAACAAGGUGUACAAUAUCCACCAGUGGGAGGAGUGUCUGGAGGCCAUGAAGAAUAAGUCCGCGAUCAAGGCGGCGAUCACGUUCGAUUGA